GCGUUUGCAAAAUCUAAAACGCAAACUCUUUUGACACGAGAAGAAAUUUUUUUCUUAUUCAUUUUCAAAUUCAAAAUUCAAGCAAAAGCUACGUAACUUUUUCAGUUAUUUUCUUGGGAAAAUCCAGCAAGAACAAAUGGCUUUGAACAUGACACACCAGAUCGGAGCAUUGGCAGGGACUCCGAUUUCGUUGGAAGGAAGCCCCGUCUCCGGCGAUUCAACCAACGCGGUGAAUGCGUCAGCGGUUUGGAAAGCAGUUCCAACAAAUUUAUCUUGUAAAAUUUCAAAACCAGAUAUGAUGGACUCGGUAUCACCGCCCAUCAGUCCCUGUCGGUCACCGGUACUGAGCAACAUGCGCGCAGAUCUCUCUGUGGCGUGCCGCGCAUACGCGCCUGAGUCGACGGCGACGCCGGUGUCGGAGACGGACAGGGACUACGCUGAGCUGUACAAACAGGGAGGCGGUGCGAAGGGAAAGGAGAAGGGAGUACCGGUGUUCGUGAUGAUGCCGUUGGACAGCGUGACGAUGUCUAACGGCGUGAACAGACGGAAGGCGAUGGACGCUAGUUUGAGGGCGUUAAAGAGCGCGGGAGUGGAGGGAAUAAUGAUGGACGUGUGGUGGGGCCUGGUGGAGAGGGAGCAGCCCGGGCACUACAAUUGGGGUGGAUAUAACGAGUUGAUUGAAAUGGCUAAACGACAUGGACUCAAGGUUCAAGCUGUGAUGUCGUUUCAUCAAUGUGGCGGUAACGUCGGUGACUCUGUUACUAUCCCAUUACCCAACUGGGUUAGGGAGGAAAUGGACAAAGAUCAGGACCUUGCAUACACUGAUCAGUGGGGAAGAAGGAAUUAUGAAUAUGUUUCACUCGGCUGUGAUACUGUGCCAGCCCUUAAGGGUCGAACACCUGUCCAGUGUUAUGCUGAUUUCAUGCGUGCCUUCGGAGACAACUUCAAUCAGUAUCUUGGUGACACCAUUGUGGAAAUCCAAGUGGGAAUGGGUCCAGCAGGUGAGCUUCGUUACCCUUCAUAUCCAGAGAUGAAUGGAACAUGGAAAUUCCCUGGAAUUGGAGCCUUCCAAUGUUAUGACAAGUAUAUGCUCAGUAGCUUAAAAGCAGCGGCUGAAUCUGCGGGUAAGCCAGAAUGGGGUAGUACAGGCCCUACUGAUGCUGGACACUACAACAACUGGCCAGAAGAUACCCCUUUUUUCCGAAAAGAAGGUGGUGGUUGGAAUAGUGAGUAUGGUGAAUUUUUCCUCGGCUGGUAUUCACAGAUGCUCAUCGAACAUGGUGAGAGAAUUCUCUCAUCUGCCAAGUCAAUCUUUGAUAGGACAGGUGUAAAGAUUUCGGUGAAGGUUGCAGGAAUCCACUGGCACUAUGGAACCAGGUCCCAUGCCCCUGAACUCACAGCUGGAUAUUACAACACACGAUACCGUGAUGGUUACCUUCCUAUUGCCCAUAUGCUGGGACGCCAUGGUGCCAUAUUUAACUUCACUUGCAUUGAGAUGCGUGAUCAUGAACAACCACAAGAUGCCCUUUGUGCACCGGAGAAGCUUGUCAGGCAAGUGGCUUUAGCAACUCAGGCAGCACACGUUCCACUUGCUGGGGAAAAUGCAUUGCCUCGAUACGAUGAAUAUGCCCAUGAACAGAUCUUGCGAGCUUCAUCCUUGAAUAUUGAUGGCAACUCAGAAGCAGAUGCACAGAUGUGUGCAUUCACAUACUUAAGGAUGAACCCUGACUUGUUCCAACCCGAUAACUGGAGGCAGUUUGUGGGAUUCGUGAAGAAAAUGAAUGAAGGGAAGGAUGUUCACAGGUGCCGGGAACAGGUGGAACGGGAAGCCGAGCAUUUUGUGCAUGUGACCCAGCCUUUCGUUCAGGAGGCAGCCGUAGUUCUUAUGCAUUAACAAGUUAGUUAUAGCUCAUCUUAUUAUGUACACGUAAAAGGUCACAUCUGGCGUCGAGGCCUCUGCUAUGCUAUAGCUGUUUUUAUUAUGCUGUGGCUAUAUAAUUGUGCAAAUGUUCCAAUAGUGAAAAAUAUAAUUUAUGAUAUUGAAUUAUAUAUUAUACAUAAGAAUGUUUGUCAUUCUUUUUUGUGUUUCAAAAAUGAAAUGAUGUUGUUUAAUUUUAA